GCUGUUAAUCCUGACCACAUCCCCUGUGACCCUGGCCACGAUCUCAGCUCUGCCUCACGACUCAGAGAGGUUAAGCUACUUACCCCCAAGCCCUUAGCCAAGGAAGGGAGUACGGGGACCCUGAUCCAGGACCGGCUGAUUUUGAGCCCCCGACACAUUGGCCACCCUGUGGCUCUAAAGAGCAGCCAGGCUACACAAUAGAACAUUCCUCGGGCAAACCUGGAAAUCUUCCAUGUGGCUCACCGAGCUCUCAAGGUUCACAGGGUAGCUGUAACCACCUCGGUGUGGCCUCUGCCUGCCUGGGUUCUAGAAAGUGUAACCAGCCUGGCCCUGUCGCUGGGUAGGAGCACUGGGCUGGGCUGGAGGUGGAGGGAGGAAGUGCCCAGGAGGGUGAUGACAUCACCACCCAGCCCUUGAAAGAUGAGCUGUUCCCUCCGCCACUCCGGCUCUGCUCUGGCGGCUCCUAGGAGGGGUGGGGACAUCGGGCUGCCCUGCCGCACGGAGGGAGCCACCGAGGUGCUCCCGUGGCUCGCUCUGGACAAGGUGAGUCCUGGACAGGGGCUGGUCCAGUCGCCUCGCCGUCGCCAGGAGGACAGGAGGUCCCAGCACCAAGAGAGAGUCUGCAGGAGAGCUGGCCUCUGGAAGCUCCGCGUGCCUGCUGAGGGGUGGCUGAAACCCGGGGCGGGGCAGAUCCACGGCUCCAUGCACAUGCACAUGGGCACCCAGGUUUUCACACCCUUCCUGGACGGGAGCAAGAGGGCAGCCCGGGCGCCUCACGCACGUCUCCCUCUGAGUCCAAAUGUUCUCUUCCUGGAGGAGACAUAUGUUCCUGUCUUUUCAUGAGGACCCCGUGCCCACCACAGCCACUUUCGGCGUCGAAAUGCUCAACAUCACCUCGCAGGUGCUCGAGCCCACCCUCAACGGGACGUCGUCCCAGGGCUGCGUCUACGACGAGUGGAGGAGCUGGCUCAACGCCAUCCAGGCUCCCUUCCUCUGGGUCCUGUUCGUGCUGGCGGCGCUCGAGAACAUCUUCGUCCUCGGCGUCUUCUGCCUGCACAAGAGCAGCUGCACGGUGGCCGAGAUCUACCUGGGCAACCUGGCCGCGGCAGACCUGCUCCUGGCCUGCGGGCUGCCCUUCUGGGCCAUCACCAUCGCCCACAACUUCGACUGGCUUUUUGGGGAGGUCCUCUGCCGCGUGGUGAACACCAUGCUCUACAUGAAUCUGUACAGCAGCAUCUGCUUCCUGAUGCUGGUGAGCAUCGACCGCUACCUGGCCCUGGUGAAAACCAUGUCCGUGGGCCGGAUGCGCGGGGUGCGCUGGGCCAAACUCUACAGCCUGGUGAUCUGGGGGUGCACGCUGCUCCUGAGUUCGCCCAUGCUGGCCUUCCGGACCAUGAAGGGGUACACGGCCGAGGGCUACAACGUCACGGCCUGCCUCAUCGUCUACCCGUCGCGCACCUGGGAGGUGUUCACCAACGUGCUCCUGAACUCCGUGGGCUUCCUGUUGCCCCUGGUCGUCAUCACCUUCUGCACGGCACAGAUCAUGAAGGUGCUGCGCAACGACGAGAUGCAGAAGUUCAAGGAGAUCCGGACGGAGAGGAAGGCCACGGUGCUGGUCCUGGCCGUGCUGCUGCUGUUUGUCACCUGCUGGCUGCCUUUCCAGGUCAGCACCUUCCUGGACACGCUGCUGCGCCUCAACAUCCUGUCCGGCUGCUGGGACGAGCACACCGUCGACGUCUUCACGCAGAUCGCGUCCUACAUGGCCUACAGCAACAGCUGCCUCAACCCGCUGGUGUACGUGAUCGUGGGCAAGCGCUUCCGCAAGAAGUCACGGGAGGUGUUCCGGGGACUGUGCCAGAAGGGGGGCUGCGUGUCGGAGGCCACCAAGACGGAGAACUCCAUGGGCACGCUGCGGACCUCCGUCUCGGUGGAACGCCAGAUUCACAGACUGCCCGAGUGGGUGGGGAACAGCCAGUGAGGGCCGCCCCGAGGACUACGGUCCACGUGGGUGAGGGCGCGGUUACAGCUGCCCCUCAGGAUGUGCCCCGAGCAGGAACGGAAGGCAUGCGACCUUGGGCAGGAAGUCGACGUCUCCGGCCAAACACAGGCGCUUCAUUCCCGCCCUGCCCAAGAUGCAGCGGGCGAGGCCGUGAGGAUGGGGUGACCUCGCGCCCGGAGCCAAGGGCUCCAUAAACAUGACGGUAUUAUUGUUCCCAUUUGCUGCCACCCGUGGGCCAGUCUGCUUCUUCCCAGGAGUGGAGGGGGCCUGGGGACAGGGACAGGAGGGACUGAGUGUCCCUCCCACGUGACGUCCCAGCCUGCCCCAGCGUGCCAGAUCACACCUCUGGGAGAACUGCCACCCCAGCUUUGAGGCCACGGCUGGGUCCCCAGGCGGGGGGCCUGGCUGGAGUUUCGCCUUCAGUCUCUUAAAUCCUCUCAGCUGGGACUCCGGAGGAUGAUUUCUCAGAUCAGUGAAGGUUGAACUCUGAGGGUUCCCUGGUAAGAACCCGGAGACCAGGAUCCCAUCACUCCCCCUGCCCGUGGGCAAGAUGGUCUGUGCCAAACAAGAACUCGAUGAGCACUUAGCAGUUCUCUAGAACUUGCUGUGUAGGCAAGUAUUGAGCACCGCGCGCAAGAGGGAAGAAAAAAGCAAGUAUGAUCUCUGUCUCCGAGGAACUCGCAAACUCGAACAGGGAUGACUCCUUCCAACGACCAGAAGGCUGUUCUGCGACGUGGUGGAGCGAGGCACCCUGGCUGGUGCAGAGGAGAGGACUGAGGAGGAGCCUGACGCCCCAGUUCUGCUGCUAAUUAGUGGCACGUCACUUAAUCCCUGCCUGUUCCGUCCUCUGUGACACCAGCUUGUUGGGAGGACUGAAAGGCGUAACAGGCACGAAAGUGCUUGGGAAAAAGGAAAGGUGCUAUAUAAAUGUGAGGCUUUAUUAGGCACACAGUAUGGAAAUAAAUUUAUUAUAAAGAAACGGACUCGGGUUUUACAACAGCUCUUUAGAGGAGAACCGGUAUUGUAGCUAACGGUGCUGUAAAUAAAGCACGUCUCAGGGUUGGCCACAUAGCAGGUGCGCAACAACGUUACCUGCCUUCCACCUUCCCGUAACGCUGCCCGCCCGCCCCCCACACAUACACACACACGCGAGCGUUCUGCGGACACGCCACCCCUUCAAUGUUUGAUUUGUGAUGCCCGCGAGAGAUGUCUGAGUGAACUUGCCGGGGACUCAUGCUCAGACCGGGGGUGGGCAGUACUCAGGCGGAGUCCAGCCCGUCCACCGUUGUCCGGGUCUCAGCAACCGAGGGCACCGACCAAUUGCCACCCGAGGACAGCAGCCCAAUGAUUUGGCACGAGGGUCACGGACCCCAUAGCGCUGAUCCUGGGACCAAGCUCCCCUACAGGGCUGAGCGCCUCAUUUGGGCCAGCUGGGUCUGAGUCACAGCGUGUCUGCCUGGUCUUAUGUGACCAAGAGGAAGCCCUGGGGCCCCACAGGAUGAACCCAGAAGGGAGAACGCCCUCCCCCAGGGGCCUCCAGCCGGCGCUGCGGAGAGGCUGUGGCUCCGCCUUCGCUGGGCGGGGCCGGCAGUGGUUGGAUGGGGCAGCGGUGGGCGGGGUGAUGGGGCAGCGGUGGGCGGGGCGAUGGGGCAGCGGUGGGCGGGGUGAUGGGUGGGGCGGGGCGGGUCCCAGGAGUAAGGCCACAGGAAGCUGGACCAGCAUCCUUGGCCAGAGGCUUAAGAGACAGUCCUAUCGCCAAGCCCCCCGUGCUCCAGGGAGGAUUCAUUUCUUUUUUUCUACGGGGCUCCCAAUCGGCCUGCUGUGGCCGGCAGGUACCGUGGGGAGUAAGGAGAACGCACCUCCCGGGCUCCAAGGCUCCAACGUCAUGUGGCGGAGAAUCAAGGCAGGGAGGGCCAGCUCAGUAGCAGUGGAGCUCAGGAGCUACCAGGAUGGUUAAGGCAAGCGACACCAGGACAGCAUUCAUUCACUCAAAGUAAUUGGAUACUUGUUAGCAAGCCCUCUCCGGAGAAGAUGGAAACCCCAAAGACCAGGAAACCUUGGAUGGCAAACAGCCCGUAAAUCCUCAUCAAACCAGCUCUAGAUUUUAAAGCAAAAGGAGUCAGAAAAGAUUCCCAGCCUUUGUGCCCCUGCCACGCACACCCCUCUGCACCAAUAAACACACACACUCGUAGCUGGAGAAAGAAAACGGUUGAAGAAGUAGGCAGGGUUUAACAUUUUAAUGGAGUUAAACUGCGCGCAGACUGUGAGUGGAAUAAAAAGGAGGCUGUGCUUCGCACAUGUGUAGCACUCAUCCAUCAGCGGGUGUGUGAUGGGCACCUAAUGGUCAUUUAGCUCUGGACACCUAAUGGUCACUUAGGGGUCCUCCCGUGGCCUGAGGAGCCAUCAGUCUGCAGGAGGGCAGCCGGCCAGUGGGUUGUUUUGACACUGUGAUAAAGAACAUUGUCCUGUGAAAGACCCAGAGAGCUGCUACAUUGUAAGGAGGGAGCAAUUCACAAACAAUGAGAAAUGGAUGAGGUGUGUAAACAUGUGUCUUUUCCAUACAGCUUAAUAAACGGUCGAGGAGUUUUUUUGCAGUAGUUUUUGCAGGCGUUUUUCAUGUCACGGUACCCGAAAACCUUAGUUUUGUGAGGACACUGCAAAUCAAGAGGCAGCAAGAAGGCCAUUAUUUCCGCUCAACCCACUUUAGGGCUUCUGUCCUGCAGAACAGCGGUGUCCAAGCUCUUGUGAUUGUGUAUCCCUAUAAGUAAAAGAAUUUUGAUUAUGCAUA